AUGGCACCCUCUUGGCAGGAGCUGGCGGCUGACAAGCAAAAGCGCAUCAACGACUCCAUUCCUCAAGAAUGGAGAAUCACAGAACUACCCUCCAGUGACUCGGUCUUCGAUUUUCCUGCCAAGUCUGGCAUUCUGUCUAAUCGGGAACUGGAGAUUACCGCCGCAACUGCUUCAGAUCUGGUUCAACAGCUAGCUCAAGGGAAGCUCAAGGCAGUAGAGGUCACAGUCGCAUUCUGUAAGAGAGCGGCUUUGGCACACCAGCUGCUCAAUUGUUGCUUGGAGUUCUUCCCCGAGAAGGCCAUUGCCCAGGCGCAGGAGCUUGAUGCAUUCUAUGAGAAAUACAAGAAGCCCGUUGGACCUCUUCAUGGACUGCCCAUCUCACUCAAGGAUCAACUGCGUGUAAAGGGAUUAGAAACCUGCAUGGGCUAUGUCUCGUGGCUAGGCAAAUAUGACGAGGAUGAAUCUGUGCUCGUAACGCUGCUUCGAAAAUCGGGAGCCAUCUUCUACACCAAGACGAGUGUCCCGCAGACCUUGAUGGUCUGUGAGACGGUGAAUAACGUCAUCGGAAGAACCCUCAAUCCCCGCAACAAGAAUUGGUCAUGUGGUGGGAGCUCAGGCGGAGAGGGUGCUAUGGUAGGAAUUCGCGGAGGCGUGAUCGGAAUUGGUACCGACAUUGGUGGCUCGAUCCGAGUUCCAUCUGCCUUCAACUUUCUGUAUGGUAUCCGACCAAGCCAUGGGCGUAUGCCCUAUGCCAAGAUGGCGAACAGCAUGGAAGGGCAAGAAACAGUGCAUAGUGUGGUUGGCCCGAUGGCUCACUCGGCAGGAGACCUCCGAUUGUUCCUCACAAGUGUGCUGGAGCAGGAGCCAUGGAAGAAUGACUCCAAGGUUGUUCCUAUGCCAUGGCGAUCUGCAGAAGAAGAAACUAUCAAGCGCAAGCUCCAAGGAGGGCUGAACCUCGCAUACUACUCUUGCGAUGGGGUGGUCAUGCCCCAUCCUCCCAUCUUGAGAGGUAUUGAGACCGUGGUUUCAACUUUGAAAAAGAAUGGACACAAAGUUCUUCCUUGGACGCCAUAUAAGCAUGACUUUGGUCACAAUCUGAUCAACAAUAUCUACGCUUCUGACGGAAACACAGACGUCUUCAAAGACAUCAACGCAUCCGGCGAGCCCGCGAUCCCAAACAUCAAAGACCUACUCAACCCAGAUAUCCCCAAGAUCGACAUGAACCAACUAUGGGACACCCACCUUCAGAAAUGGAACUACCAGAUGGAAUAUCUCGACAAAUGGCGAGAACUCGAAGAGAAAGAAGGCAGAGAACUCGACGCCAUCAUUGCGCCGAUCACACCCACCGCCGCCAUUCGUCACAACCAGUUCCGCUACUACGGCUAUGCAUCGGUGAUCAACUUGCUCGAUUUCACGAGCGUGGUGGUUCCGGUCACGUUUGCCGACAAAGGGCUCGAUCCUGCCAAGGAGAAUUACGAGGCACUCAGUUCGUUUGACGCCACGGUGCAGGCUGAGUAUGACGCCGAUGCGUACCAUGGCGCCCCGGUGGCUGUCCAGGUUAUUGGACGUAAGUUGAGUGAGGAGCGGACGCUGGCGAUCGCCGAGGAGAUUGGGAGACUUUUGGGGAACUCGGUGACCCCUUGA